GUUGCUGGAAGACAUCUAUUUUGAAGAGUCCAAUAUAGAAAAUUAGGACAUUUUAUAGGUCAAAAAAGCAAAGAUGCAGGAUGCCAGCGAGGAACCUGUAAGGCAAGGAACGAACAGUGAAAGCAGCUCUCAAAAAGUUUCACUGUCUUCUAACCAUACAAUAUCCAAUGAAACAGUCCUUCCUUGUGCUGACUACAUAUCCCGUACCCCUGGGGAUUAUACAAGCCAACUGUAUGCCUCAAAGCCAUAUACACACAUCCUUUCUGUACCUGUAGCAGAAUCAAUGUCAACUUACAGUGGGCAGACUCAAUAUCAGUCGUUGCAGCAGUCUCAGCCAUACACCACAUACCCUCAAGCAUCUCAAACCUAUGGUCUACCUCCCUUUGGUGCUUUGUGGCCAGGUAUCAAGUCUGAAAGUGGUUUAGUCCAGACGCCAAAUCCUACUACAGUCUUGACUUGUUCUUCAGGAGUCACCAGUAGCCAGUCCAGCCCUGUACUAUAUUCCUAUCCUGCCCAAGUUACAAAUGCAAAUGUGAUUUCCAGCACAUCUCCUGUAGCCAAUAUUACAGUGCCAGCAGUUGCCACCAUCUCAAACCAGGAAUACCCCACAUAUACAAUCCUUGGACAGAAUCAGUUUCCACAAUGUUAUCCAAAUCAAAACUUCACAUCAGCAGCAACACCUGCUGGCACUGCAGAGAACAACAUGGUGACAUCAGAUUUUCAAGAGAAUAAAACUGGUUCAACAUCCCCAGCACUGACAACUCAGAGACCAGUUUCUGGAGAUCCCAUGUCUGGCCAGGCAAUGAUGAGAGCAAUGAGCAGCAAAGAACCAGAAGAACAGACAAAGAGAAAUGUAACGGUAAAAAAUAGAGGGAAGGGUAGGAAAGCUGAUGCCUCAUCACCACAGCACAGUGAUCUCGAGCGUGUGUUUUUGUGGGACUUGGAUGAGACCAUUAUCAUCUUUCACUCUCUGCUCACCGGUUCAUAUGCACAAAAGUAUGGAAAGGACCCCACAUUGGUGGUAGGCUCGGGGUUGGCCAUGGAAGAAAUGAUCUUUGAAGUGGCAGACACACAUUUAUUUUUCAAUGAUUUAGAGGAGUGUGAUCAGGUUCAUGUGGAAGAUGUGGCAUCCGAUGACAAUGGUCAAGAUUUAAGUAACUACAGCUUUACCACAGAUGGAUUUAAUGGUUCUGCAGUAAACCGGAAUCAUCCCUCCAGCACUGGGGUACAAGGUGGAAUGGAUUGGAUGAGAAAGCUGGCAUUUCGCUAUCGAAAAGUCAUUGAGGUGUAUGAGAAAUACAAAAGCAAUGUCAGUGCACUACUAGGCCCACAGCGCCGCGAUUCUCUCCAGAGGCUGAGAGCUGAUAUAGAGACUUUAACAGACGGCUGGUUAGGAACUGCAUUAAAAUGUUUACUACUUAUCCAGUCAAGAAAGAACUGUGUUAACGUGUUGAUCACAACUACACAACUAGUACCCGCACUUGCUAAAGUUCUACUCUACGGCUUGGGGGAAAUUUUUCCAAUUGAUAACAUAUACAGCGCUACAAAAAUAGGGAAGGAGAGUUGCUUUGAAAGAAUAGUGACAAGAUUUGGCAAGAAGGUUACUUAUGUGGUUAUUGGAGAUGGCCGGGAUGAAGAACUGGCUGCCAAACAGCAUAACAUGCCUUUCUGGAGAAUCACAAACCACAAUGACCUCAUCUCUCUACAUCAAGCUCUGGAGCUGGACUUUUUGUGAGGUAUCAACAAAAAAGCAGACUCCACAAGCCACCAGAUCAGCUGGAAUAAGACAAGCAGAACUACAUUUUGUUAACCUACGAGAUACCAGUUUGAUCUGAUUUUAUCCGCCUCCAUUCUCCUGCAAGAGGAAGAAUUACUUAUGUUGUGGCCUCCACAGAUGAAAAGCCAUCCAUGUUACUGUCCUUCAGUAUUGCAGAAUGUCCACCUGUGUCUCUCACAUGUCACCUACCUCUUCAGUUGAUUGCCAGGCUAUUUCUUCAGUUUCUUGCUAGUUAUUUUAAAUGUCACCUACCUCUUCAAGCUUAAGUUCUGUCAUCACCAUAGUAAGGGCAUGUGAAAUAAAACCUCUGCCAUCAAUAAGUAAGAUGGAGCAUACAAAAAGCAAACUUUUGGUAAAUAUCUGGACCGUAAAAUGUAGCAGUGGAUUCUGACUUAUUCAUGUAAUUCAUCCUGAUGUCAAAUGAAAUCUCCAAAUCUUUAAACUAUGGAUGGAUACCGUCUGCAUCAGACUAAAUCUGUCAGCUCCCCUACUCUGAAGACCAGGGGCAAUGUACAUUUAUUUGGGAUUUUUAACAGCAGCACAAGUCAUAAUGGCUUGUCCUUAUUGUUUUCUCGAUAAGCAUUCUGGAAAACUUUAUGAAAUACCUCGAUUAGGGAGGCGGAAAAGACUCCCGUUACUAUAUCUUGGAAGUUGGUAACUUAUUAAAAUAUUUUUCUUUUCUCUCUCUAUUCUUCUGUCUUGUUUUUACAUCUCAUAUUAUAGCCAACAAAGAACAUAACCCCUUUUGGGGAGAAAGAGACACUAACAUUAUUUGAUAAUGUUGUUGAAAUUGCUGUCCAAAGUAUAGAUUUUGUUUUUAUCAAGUGCAGGAAUAAAAUUUCUUACUUGGUAUUAAACUACAA